AUGAGUCUCGACCAAGCAACAAAUGGUGCCCAGACACCUUCUGACCCUAUUGAGGCUCCUACUAACUCCCCACAAGCUCUUGAGGAACUCCUCAAAUAUCUAAGCCUUCCUGACUUGGACUCCCUCUACUUCGUCACCGAAACUGAUCUCUUGAACUACUCUCAAAUACACCCUCUUGACCUACCUACCCGUGUCAAGUUCCAACAAGCUCUUAGACACUUCCAACCUUCAUCUACCACUACUACUACUACUACUACUACAAGUUCUGAUUCAAAGUCUACUGCUACAACAUCCACUACUCCUUGUCCACCACCUGUCCUUGUCGAUGCUUCAUCUCAAAACUCUCAAGCCCCUCACCCCCUAACAGCUACCAACCCCAUGACCCUCAACGCUCCCGACAACAAAGCGUGGCUCGGUCGACAAGAUCAACGCCCUAUAGCUGCCUAUAUCCGCCGAAUCGCCGACAUUGCAGAGAUGGCUAACCUAGAUGCAGGUGGACUCUGGAAGUAUCUCAAUCUCAAGGCUCUCUCUGAAGGCCAAUCUCGUGAUCUACAUGCUCACCUACGACAGCACAACUUGAGCACAGCUACGGUAGCUGAGCUACCUACGGUGAGAAGCUUAUAG